CGGUACGCCGUCUGAAGCAAGCACCACAGUCGUAUUUCAGAGCUCGUCGAAGUUGCAUCGUCUCUCUCGAAAAAUAAAAGACACAUUGUAUAGCUAAGCUGUUUGUUCAAAGUCUCUAAAGAAAUAGUUCAAAUUUAGGAUUGAAUUAUCCGUGUUAAAGUGUAAUCAAAAUGAGUGCAGAAAACAAAAAAAGUGAAGUCGAGGUUGAAAAUGUUGCCGCUGCCGACGAAAAAGCAGAGACCAAGGAAUUAAAAGGAGUGAAGCGGCCCGCCGAUGAGAAAACCACAGAAUCCAAAAAAGUGAAGAAGGAUGAAAAUGGCGCGGGAGAAGAAGAGGAAGACGUUGAAGAUGAGGGCGAGGAAGUGGAGGGAGAGGAUGAAGAGUAUGACCUUCCUUAUGGAGAAGAAGAGGAUAUAGAAGCUGAAGAUGAGGAAGAGGAAGAGGGUGAUGAAGUUGACGGAGAAGAAGAGGAUGAGGAUGCGUAAUGAUGAGAUACUAUGUAAGAGUGAGACUAAGUAAAUAGGAAUAGGUGAUUUAUUAUUUCAAUUUGCACUUAAUAUGCAAAUAAUAAGUAUAUGCAACCAUAAACAUUGUAAAAUUUGUUUGUGUAUAUAUUUUAAACCCAACAAAGGAAAUCCUACCAUAGACAUCAUACGUGUGAAGGUAUAAGUUUGCUGGUUGAAAUUAAAUUUCUGUUCAAUGGUCUUAAAUCCCAUCGAUAUAGUCAGCAGAAGCGGUAUGUUUCAUAUGGCAAAGAUAAGAAUCGUAUGGAGCAUUUAGACUUAGUAUACAGUAUAUUAUCGUGGGUUAGAAUAUGCAAACUUCCAUUCUAUAUCUACCAACGUGAUUAUGAGUAUUGUUGCAAUUAUUCAAACACAAUGAAUUGCGAGUGUACCGUGUACAUUGUAAUGCAUACCCAAACAUGUUGAACAUUUUCGACACGAUUUAUUAGAAUUUAAUGCUUUUAAAACAAUCAGUUCGAAUAUCAAACGGAAAGCUAGGAAUCUAUACAAUUUUUGUGCUUAAUUUAUUACUGUGGAAAUCUGAGCAGCAUUUGUAUUUAUUAUAGCCUUUUAUGUUUAAUUGCGAUCGUACAUAUUUUUAUUGUAGAAUAAAAAGGCCAGCUCAAAGUAAUCAAACAAAAAAUGAACAAAAUAUCUAAAUGAUUAGGUAAUGCGGCCGUCUAUAGUAAUUUCGCAGCAAUACAUCAGUUAAGCGGUACCGAGCCUGUUGACAUGAGUUGAAAAAUUGCAUCGAGAUCACAUAACUGGAACUUAGCAUGAUUUGACCAUAUGCACGUAUUUCGUCAGCUCACUCUUCAAAAUUAUAAGUUUAAUAUUAAGUAUGUAUGUCCGUGCAAAAGAUUUGUUGGAAACAAUGCAAAGAUGAAAAUAACAAUAAAAUAAAAAAAAA